AUGGCACCAAGUGACCCAACUUUAGAUCAUACAGACUUUGAUAUCUCUCAUGUUGUGCUCUCAUCAUUCUACUUUAUGAUGCUGAUAUGCUCACUCGUGGCAUUGAUCAACACGAAGGCAUACACAUCUUUAUAUACAUUACUAUUCCACUUGCUGUUAAUGUUGGGUGCAGCAUGUAGAGCAGUACUAUUCAUCCUGUUCCCAUUCGCGGCAGAAGGAGUCAUUCAUCUAAGUGUCAAUGUAAUCGACCUGGUGGCAACACUGCCAACAUUCUUCUUCUUUACAGUAUACUCUAUAACAAUGAUAGUUGGUACACUUAUCCAGCAGGAACAUCUGCCAAGGACUGUGCAGAUCGACAUCAGGAAGGUUGUGCCUUACAUACUCUUUGGCAAUCUUGCCAUGUACAUAAUAGUUGCGAUUCUGUUCAUUGUGGACUUCACUGUGGACGCACCGGCCCACAUAUCAAGCAGGCCAACCACUGUCACUGGCAUAAUCAUCCAGCUCUUCACCUCAUUCAUCUAUUUCAAUGGAUCACUAUUCUUCUUCAUAGUAUUGUUCAAACAUUAUGUUAAACAUUGGAGAGAGUUUAGAGCAGCCAAUAGGACAAGCGAGUUUAGUACGGUGCGAAAGAUGUUUGCACUGGUAUUCCCAUUCUCUUCAGUUAGUUUCAUGAUCAGAGCUACAUUGGCCGCAGUGACGGCAUUCGUUGUGAUCAGAUCAUGGUACAAAGACCUUUUGUAUUAUACAUUCCUAGAGGUGCUGCCUGUCUCCUUCCUCUUGCUGAUAAUGAGUCAACGUACAACCAUUCGAUUACUGCGGAUCGCUUUCCUGGAACCUGAGCGACAACCAAUCAUGGCACAUCUUCAACCACUUGUUUGA